CCGGGACCUACUCGCGUCUUGGCAUGACAGGCUGCUGCUCCUGAACCAGCGCAGCUGUCCCCCUCUUGUGCGUAGUAUACCGCAUCUCCACCAUCUCUCCUCCGUGAACCCUGAUACUUCCCACGCACUACUACGCUACCCCCCUCCACGGCACUCGCCCACAAUGGCUGUCGAGAUAGCCCCCGAGGCUGUUCAGCUGGACCUCAUAAAGCUCUCCGCCAUCACCGACGAGCCGCAGCAGCAGCUAUACGUUCUCAACUUCCUGACGAGCAUCGAGCGCUUGGUCGAGCGGCUCGACGCGGACGGUGCCUCCGCCUACCAGCUGUUCGUCCAGCGCGAGCUCCUAAAAGUUAUCCAGCUCACCGUGCCGGCGCCCACACGGUUAACACGCAACAUCCUUGGCCGGUGCUUCUCGGGAGUGUUCUCCAAGGGCGACCGGAAGCUACUCUACGAUUCGGUUAACGAGCUGGUUGGCAUCAUCAAUGGCGGGAAGGAUAAAGACGUACGGACGAAACAUGCGGCGGCGCAUUGUCUAGGGGAGAUCUUUGCGGUUGCGGGUGACAGUGCUAUAUCGGUCUCGACGUUUGCUUGCAGCUCGUUGUUGAAGCUUCUGAAGAACUCUGGAAAUAAUUGCGGUGUCAGGAGUACUACGCUCAGGGCUAUGGGAAACGUCUUUAAGCUGCUUGGCCCUAUGGCGGAUGAAUCCAUUGCAAGGGAUAUAUGGAAGUCAGCAAGGAAUGCGGCCGCUGGGGACAAGGCGGCGGUCGUGCAAGCUUCGGCUUUACAGUGUCUGGAAGAUAUGCUCAAGAGCACGCCUUACUUUACUACACUUCAAGAUUACGAGAAACUACAAGCCUCAAUACUCAAGGCAUUCGACACACAGUCAGCGAAUGUACGGAGGGCUGCUGCUUCGUGCCUGGCUUUGACAUUGGUCCAGGCAUACUCGACCGAUCCGGAGAUGCUGAUCAACAAGAAUCUCAAGAAGGCUAAGAAGGUGAAGCGAUCGUCGGUGGCACUUGAAGAUGACGACAGGGUGGUAAUGGAAAGACCAGGAUCGCCGGCCCCGUCGAAGAAGACGGUAGUACGGAUGGCUCUGUCACUGGAUGAAAUAUUGCGGCAGCUCUCUGGACAGUAUACAAAGACAACGACACCGCCGCGAGUCCGUGCGGGUAUUGCGCAGACAUAUGUAGAAGUUAUGAUGCGUUUUGGCACGAGUAUUGUGGAAUCAAACUACGCUACCAUCUCCAAUCACUUGCUCGUAAAACUGCUGUCAAGCCCGGUAAUCACUGCCAACAGAUUCCGGCUGCUGACUACGAGGAAAUACGUAAGGGUCAUCUUGGAGGAAGUGAUCGGACAGAGGCUGCUGGGGGAGACCGGCCAGCUGAAUGCCGCACGGACGCUGGUGAACGACACCAUCAAGGACUAUCCACAGGUCAUCAAGGACAAGCCCGAGCCCAGCAAACACACACUCAUCGGUGCAUUGCAUGCAUUGUCGUCUCUCAUCAAGGCCUUGGGAUCCGCCACAACGGGAAUACAGGAUGCGAUUAGAGAUGGGCUCUUGCAGGUCAUCCAGCAUCCAAACUACUCGGUUCAGAUCACGACGAGUUGGUGUCUACGGGCAUUCGUCAUGGCCAUUCCAUCUCAGCUGCUCCCGAUCCUCACUAUCUGCAUGAACAAUGUCAACCGCGAACUGACGCAACUGACCACUCGCCGGCCACUAUCGACGGAGACCAUACGGCGGUGCACCGGAUAUGCCAAUGGACUCGCCGCGGCCAUAAGUACCGCCCCUGUACAGCCGUUGUACGCGUCGGUGGAUGUCACAUCCCGCAUCCUUUCCAUGGCCACAAACCUGCUGAAGUCCAGUGGCGAGUACGAGCUCCGGAUCUCGAGCACACAGAUUCAAGUGGCAUGGAUCAUCAUCGGCGGACUGAUGGCGCUGGGACCGAAUUUUGUCAAGAUACAUCUCUCGCAGCUUCUCCUGCUGUGGAAGAAUGCAUUGCCCAAACCGCUCGCGAAGGAUUCGACGACGGAGCGGUCGAUGCUGGAGCUCUCGUUCCUGGCACAUGUGAGGGAGUGCGCGCUCGGGUCGAUUCUUUCCUUUCUGGAGUUCAAUCACCGCCUCCUGACGACCGAUGUCUCCAAGCGGAUAGCAGCGAUGCUGCAGAAUUCAACGCUCUUCCUGAACGGACUGCCAUCCCGCAAGACCACGGAUGACGUCACGCAGCUCCUGCAACAGUCGCUCCAACUACUCGAUUUUGACCUUAUGGUGCGACGGCGAGUGCUGCAAUGCUAUGUGAAGCUCGUCAAGCUCUCACACGCCGAGGCGGUUCAGGCAAACCUGUUGACGAUUGCGGUGAGUUUCUUCGCCGAUCCGGAAAAGUACACGCCGUCGUCGCUCAGCACCGCCAUCGCCACGGCAAGCAACUUCGAAAGUCUAUGGGAGAUCGCGGAUAAUUACGCGUACGGUGUCACCUCGUGUGUUAAGGGCUACGAUGUGGAUGCGUUUGCGUUUGAGGGCCGGGGAAGCAAGAAGACUAUUAAGCAUUGGAUGACCAGGGAUAGCCCGGAUGCUAGGAUCGAGGAUUCGCUGCAUACGCCAGUUAUUGGGUCAAUCGAGCAUGACUCGGUGAACCUGUACCUUUCCGACCCGCAGGGGGAAGAGGCGUCGCCUGCCCCACCGGCUACGGCAGUUGUCAACUCGGCGAUUGAUCUAUUCACCGCGCUCCUGCCGAUCCAGCAGCCAAAGGUUCAAGAGAGUAUCUUGGAGCAGAUCGCCACGUUCCUAGCAUCAAAUACCCUCCAGCGGGACCCAGGACGGAAGGCCGCAAUGACCGUUAACGUCGCUGUGGCACUCCUCGGCGUGACCAAGUUGACCGUCAGCGGUGAGGUGCCGGGCGCGAAUCUUAGUGCUCCUAGCGUUCUCAAGAUCAUUUCCGAACUGCUUCAGGGCUUCGUGGUUCUUCCAGACCCAUUCGUUAGAAAUAUCGCUUAUGAAGCGCUGGGAAGGCUUUGCAGCAUCGGCGGGAAUAAUUUCACCGGGAAUAUCAUCAAAUGGCUGGUCGAUACGGUCGUCAACAAUCGAGAUCCGAAUGCUCGCGCUGGUUCCGCGGUAGCUCUGGGCUGUAUACACUCCCAUGUCGGUGGCAUGGCUGCCGGGUUCCAUCUCAAGACUAUCGUUGGGAUUCUCAUGUCCCUUAGCAGCGAUCCGCACCCGAUCGUACAUUUCUGGGCGCUGGAAGGUCUGGCUAGGACCAUCGACUCGGCUGGAUUGACCUUCUCGGGAUAUGUGUCCAGCACGAUGGGAAUGUUAUCCCAGCUGUAUGUUGCUGAAACGCAUAACGCCGAAGUCUCUUCACUGGCGACCUCGAAUCUGGAGCUGGAGCUGCCAACCACGGGAAUUCUUGUCCGUUGCAUCGACUCACUGAUCGGUGUCCUCGGCCCGGAACUCCAGGACAUGAGCAAAGUGCGCGAGCUGAUUCUAACCAUGGUCGAUCAGUUCCUUAAGGAAUCUGACAACCUCACGGUGAUGGAAGCGCUCCGCUGCCUGGAACACUUCUCGAUGUUUGCACUCGGCCAUGUGGAUGUCACCCGGUACCUCAAGAUGCUGCAUCAGGGACUCGGAUCCGACGACGGCGAGAUGAGGAAUGUUGCCGUGGAUGGAUUGUACCAGCUCCUGAAGGCUCAUGCAGAGAGGAUCCUCAAGACGGCCGACCCGAAGCUCGAGGAGCAGUUGUGGAUUACGCUAGACGAAAAUCCCACACACGAAGGUGUUCGGAAUAUCGUACGCAACUGGAUGGGACAGACAGGAAUCACUAAGACGGGUGAGUGGGUGGAUCGCUGCCAGAUGGUUAUGACAAAGACGGUGGAGAGGAAGGGCGGUCUUGCCGUACACGAAGUACCUAAGCCUACCGGCGGGACAACGACGGAUCUUAAUGAUGAGGAAGUCGCGGGCAUGGCUGGCAACGAGGCCGAGUCAAAGCCGACGGGACAGGAGCCACUGCGAUGGCAGGUACGGACCUUUGCAAUAGAGUUGCUAGGAGAACUACUGUCGCUUUCUGCAGAGGAGUUGGCAAGGAAUCCAGAGUCACCACUGCAGCAGAGGCUCCUCGAAAAGAUAGGUGAUAUCAUCAAGAUGGCGUUCUCCGCGUCUACCGCGAAUGUGGUUGAUCUCAGGAUCGGUGGUCUGAGGAUUAUCGAUCAGGUGCUCAAAAUGUUUGGACACACCGCGGACCCGGAUUUCCCGGAUGCACCGCUGCUGGAGCAGUAUCAGGCGCAGAUUGGAAGUGCAUUGACGCCGGCAUUUGCCGUGGAUUCGAGCCCGGAGUUGGCGACGCAGGCGGUCAAUGUUGGCGCUGCGUUUAUUGCAACCGGUAUCGUGAAGGACAUUGAUCGCAUGGGCAGGAUUUUGAAGCUCGUUACGCAGGCACUGGAGAAUUUUUCGACGGAUGCGGAGAACGCAUCAAUUGGGGACUUGAAGGGACUUAGCUCCAAUGCCCAGGUUAUGGUCAAAAUGGCGGUACUCAGGGCCUGGGCAGAGCUUCAAGUGGCCAGUCUGGAGCAAUCAUAUCUGGUUGAUGUCGUUAAGCCCCAUAUCACCACGCUUGCUCCGAUGUGGCUCUCGUCGCUACGGGAGUUUGCACGGUUGCGGUUUGAGCCGGAUAUCUCUGCCGGUGGAUCGGGAUCCUCGUCAAUUGGUGGGUCGAUCGAAACGAUCUAUGCUGCCCUCAACCGCGAGACUUUGCUCGGUUUCUAUCAGGACUCUUGGUUGAAGCUGGUCGAUGCGAUCGCCAGUUUGAUUGAACAGGACAGUCAGUUCGUUUUCGACGCUCUGGAUGGGAAGUCUUCUCCUCCAGGAGCGGUCAUGAGCACGACGCAACCCCGCGACGAUAUUAACUAUAGAGACGAGCCGGUGGCGUUCUUUUUCGUGCUGUUUGGUAUUGCGUUCGAGGCGCUGGUCGCACGGCCGGGCGUGGACUCACUGGCCACAAAGGAGCAGACCUUGGAGAUUCUGCUGGCUCUUAAGAAGAUUCUGCAUCCAUCUGUCUGCGGCCAUGCAAUCUACCAGGACACCAUAUUUUCAGAAACGAUGGACCUGUUGGAUAGACUUGUUCUCACGGAAGGCCUGGCAGUACAGUCGGCAAUCGUGGACAUUGCCCGAGCACUAUGUGUGGAGCACCCCGCGGCCCGGAAGAAGGGUGGAAAGGAUGCCAAGAGCGCCGAUGGGUUGACGGAGGAGAUUGACCAGUUGUUUGAGCUGACCCGUCUGAUCGUGCUGGUCCUUGCCGGCUUGUUGCCGAACCUUGUCGAUUUGAAGACACAGAUCCGACAGCAGCUGAGUGAUGAGGCUACAAACUUGAUCAGAGUCAGUCUGGAUGCCCUGGUGGAUGCGGCCGAGGUCUUCCCGGCGGUCAUUAGGAUGGAUCUGUACGCGUCGAUUCUGCAUGUCUUUACAACGAUUUUUGGCACGGGUGUUUGUCAGUCUGAUGUCGUCCCUCGUUCACUGCCCAUAUUCAAGAGGUUCAUCACGAUCCUCACGAAGGGAUCCAGUAAGAAUGAUGCGGAUCUUGUGGUCAUGCAGGCCCGCAGCUGCCUUAGCAGCAUCAUGCGGGUCCUCGAACACGCUAAAAUCCGCGGUGAAGUCGGCAUCCCCUGCGUCCGAAACACCCUGAUGGCCGCCACAAUCGUCGUUACCGCCGGCGUCAACAUCCUGCCGACGAAUGAAGAGCACUUACCCAAGCUCUGCGACCAAAUCCUCAGCUCCCUGGACGACCCCCUUACCUCCACUAUCGCCGUACAAUGUACGCGGUCGCUCGUCAUGUCCUCCCCCAAAACCGCCUGUGACCAAGAAAUAAUCCGCAAUCUUCUCCCCAAGCUGAUCAACUUUGUCACGACGACCACGCCCUCCACGCCCGCAACCGGAGCCGUGUGUGCCAUCCUCACCACUUUCGCACGUACGCUCUUUGGCGAGACGCAGAUGCAGGUCGCAAUUAGCCUGUUCGUGCCAAUGCUGCUGGAACGUGCACGCAUCGAUGGCACCCCCGAGGUGGGAAGGGAAACCGCGACGAGACUGCUCGAGCUCGCACAGACAGACCAGAAUGCGUUUAAAGCGGUGGUGGCGAACUUGGAUGCAAGGCAGAGGACAUACAUGGAGGAGGUCUUGAGGAGUAAUGUUGCUGGGCCGAGGAGGGAGGUGGUAGUGGGGAGUGGCCAGCCGAGUAUUGCGCUGAAGAUGAAUUUUGGCUAGAUGGUAGAUGAGACAGUGUUUUGAUGGUUUUCUUGCGGUUGUUCCGAGCGGUCUUUUGCUGUUGAAGAGGACUGGAGGUUGUGGUUGUGCGGUCUAUUUACUUGCUUUGCUUGUUGAUGUUGCUGUGUGCUGUGUGCUGUACAUACGCAUGUCGAUCUGGAGAGAUCGAUUAUGAUGGGUAAUUCCGAAUGGAUUAGAUGGAAA